UCAUAGCGAAAUAGUUAUCAAAUACAAUGAAAUAUCCCACAAUUAUUUUAUUUGCGCUAGCCGCAUUCAUUUUGCCAACAUUUGCCGCAAAUGACUACCUGUGGGGUGAAGUUGGUGCAGAUGAUUACCAAUUGGCAAAGGAUACGGUUUCGAAGGCGUUUUUCGUUGGUCUAGUGCAGACGAAAAAAUACGUAUUCAAGCAGUCGGACAACCUAAAUGCGUUGACCAUUACGGCAAUUAAGAUUACCGACAAAAAGAAGAGUCACGGAGCAACUGCUGUAUUGGUCAGUGGAGGUCCUGGAUCCAAAGGAGCAACUAUUAAGUUCACUUCCGAACGAGGUUACGGCAUCAAGGAUAUCGUGGAAAUAUGGGGUCGUUAAAUACACAUAAAAAUGUGGCAUUCUACAUAAAUAACGCAACGCAACCGAAUUUGUGUUCUUUUUUUUUUUGUGGUGCAAGUUAAAGGAUACCCUACAUUUUUUUUUUGUUCUCAUUGAAAAGUCUUUAUGUUUUCUCUCAGUGCUCACGGGGUUACAUUGACUUUGACACGGGCGCAGAAAGUAAAAACGAGCAAAUCAAACACACCAACAGAGAUAACAAUAAGAGCGAUUAAAUAUAUAGCAAAAGUGAGUCGCAGUUGAAAUACCCUUUAUGUACAUCUAUAUGAAAAUUUUUAGCCAAGCCUUCGUAAAUUUCUUCUAUAACUAUAAAAAUAAUUGCCCAAAUAUGGAAUGUUAUAUAUCGUUG